CCUCCCGCUCCUCCCUGAGGGGCGGCGGCGAUGGCGGAGCGGGGCCGAGCCCGCGGGAGCCCCGAGGGCCCCGUGCAGGUGUCUAUCAUUAUGCCUGUUCACAACAGUGAAUGCUGGUUAGAUGAAUGCCUAAAGUCAGUUUGGGAACAAGAUUUUAAAGGAACCAUGGAGCUGUCAAUUUUCAAUGAUGCCAGUAAGGAUGGUUCAGCUGAAAUAAUUGAAAAAUGGAAGAUCAAGUUGGAAGAAGUUGGUGUUUCAGUAGUCAUUGGGACCAAUGAUUCCUCUCAGCCUCGAGGUGUUGGAUUUGCUAAAAAUCAAGCAGUGAUUCAGAGCUCAGGAACCUAUCUCUGCUUUCUGGAUUCAGAUGAUGUGAUGAUGCCACAGCGGGUUAGGCUGCAGCACGAAGUUGCCAUUCAACACCCAAACAGUAUUAUUGGUUGCCAAGUCAGAAGAGAGCCAGUGGACUCUACAGAACGAUACACGCGCUGGAUCAAUAACCUCAGCCAGGAGCAGCUGCUUACACAGGUGUUCACCUCCCAUGGGCCUACUGUGAUCAUGCCAACCUGGUUCUGCUCUCGAGAGUGGUUUUUUCAUGUGGGAAGAUUUGAUGAGGGUGGAAAGGGUGUCCCAGAGGAUUUGUUGUUUUUCUAUGCCCAUCUCCAGAAGGGUGGUGGAGUGCUCCGGGUGAACCAUUGCCUCCUGCUCUACCGCUACCACCCCCAGGCUGCCACCCACUCCGUCCUGGAGGAAACCAUCUGGAAUCACCGAGUCAGGUUUCUUGAGGACAGAGUCCUGAGCUCCUGGACAUCCUUCACCAUUUGGAAUGCUGGUAAGCAAGGCAAGAAGCUCUACAGAAGCUUGUCACCAGCUAAUCAGAAAAAGGUAACUGCAUUUUGUGAUGUCGAUGAAAAGAAAAUAACAAAAGGAUUCUACACUUAUGAGGAAUCUGAGGAGAGACCAAAACCAAAAAUUCCUGUGUGUCACUUCAGGGACGCGACUCCGCCCUUUGUGAUCUGUGUGAAGCUGGACUUGACAGGUGGAGCCUUUGAAACAAACCUGGGCACACUGAACCUGAAGGAAGGGAUGGAUUAUUAUCACUUUAACUAAACCAAGGUGAGACAGUGCUACUGAACUGUGCUGCUCUCUGUAUCUGGGUGCAGGAAGAACAAAUUCUUCAGGAGUUUAAAACUGUUCAGUCAUUUGUGCUUAGUUAAUUUAAUCUUUGGGCUGAGCAACCCCUGUGUAAGGGAGGUCAUGGAUACACCAGGGUAAUGCUGUGUGCUCACUUCUGUUGUUGCACAUCUCUCAGUCUGACUGGUAAAUUGUAUUUCUGAUUUGAACACCUCCCAAGCACAGGCCAGUGGGUUCCCAGAGCACUGUUAGCACAGCCUGGAGCCCUGCAAGUGCAGAGAGUUUUGUGUCACACACUGCUGGAGCCCUGAGCCCUUCCCUGCUCCCAGAGAGCUGCUGCUGUUUCCCAGGGCUCUGCAGAGGGCCAGGGCUGCUUCAAAGGGAGCAUCUUCAGCUUUGGGGCUGGGUGAGAAGCACAGCUGUGGCUGUGGCAGCACCUGGCAGCCAGCUGAGCCCUCGUGCAGCUCCUCACCCUUCCCACUGCACCUUGCCCUGCUGGAAUACUCAGUGCUGUUCUUGCAGCAGGGACCUACAGGUGCAACUUUACAACCCAAAAUCUCUCAAGAAUGUUCUGUGACGUUUCCUUUGAGUGGCAGUGUAGCAGCACAGGGGCUGUAGGUAAAGGAGCAUUUCCUCCUGGGGUGUGUGGCCAAUAUCAGCUCUGCUCACUGGGAGCUCAGAACCACUUGAUCAAAGUGAAGAACCCUGAGCUCCACUAUUCCAGCUGCCACUCCAGCUUGCAAGAAUCCUUAAGAAGUAUUGAAUAAUCUCAUUUAUAGUUACUUUCUUCAAAACCAAACAGCAUCUGAGCUAGCCAGGUUGGAAGUGAACACCAGCAGUUUGCAGCAUUUACUUGACAGAGAAACUGGCUUGGUUUUACUUUCUCUGCCUGAAUUUUUCCUUCCUUUCAAAUUUGUAGAGAUGUGUCUGUAUGCACACAGAGCCACUGUUCAAGUGUUGGGAGAGUGGGAUUUAAUUACAGUCAUAAAAUAACAGUGUAAUUACAAUAUGAUGUGGCCUCCCUCUCACACUGAUCACACUAAAGAUCAAUUUUGGAGCUAUUUCAUUUGUAGGGGCUAAGAAAUGAGCUGGAUUCCUGGCUGCUGCUUGAAGAACUGACUCACCUUCUUCAAAACUGAGUUUGCCACAAAAACAAUUUGUCUGAAUUAGUUAGAUGAAGAGCUGUUAUGAGAGGCUUUGACAUCAGCUGAAGUGAAACCUGGGGGUUUUUUGUCUGACUAUGACAUAAGAAGGACAGCCUUUGCCACAGGGACGCUUGAUGCUCGGGAUGAUUUCAGUAUCACUGAGUGGUGCCAUUCUCACCUCUGAAAAAUAAAUGGUGAAGAGCCCAGUGCAGCAGGUCAGGUUUAAUUCUUGGUGUGUGUACAAGCACAGGCUCUGUUCAGCCAGGGAAUACAAACCACUGACACCAAACCAGACAGGUCAGUGUGACAGAGCAUGACAAGAACCUGCCAGACAGCAACGUUAAAAA